CAACAGACUGUCUGAGCUCAGCGAUGGGGCUUUUCGGUUGCCCUAUAUUCAGCCGAGGGGCGGAGGGUUGAGGUGUAUAAAGAGUCAGAGAUCACAGACGUCUUCACACCAGAACCUCCAACAGGUUAAAACUCCUCCUCGCUGUGAAAGGAUUAAAAAACCUCCUGAAGUAUGAAGCUCAACGCCUUUGCCUCCAUCCUCCGUCAGGUCGCUGCCGCCACUGUGCUCGUCCUCCUGCCGCUGCUUCUGAUUGGCUGGACCGAGCCGGCGGCGGGGCAUCCGUUGGACCAAUCGCUCAGCGGGCCGCUACGAAACCCGCAGACGUACCAGGACAUCCAAGACGUGUCGCGUCACGCUCAGGGUGUUCAGACGGAGGAGGACGCCAGCUUCAGACUGACGCCGAGAUUCAGCCACGACCACACGAUGACCUUUUCUCAGGACCAGCUGAAGAUCUGCUGCCUUCACGCCAACAUCCUGGACUUCUACCUUCACAACAUCCUGCGUCAUGCCGACAACAUGCAUCCCAGCAUGCACCGGCUGAGGACCGACCUGCACCGAGUCAGCCAGGACCUGAAGGAUCACGGCUGCAACGUGACUCAUUACCACGACCAUCAGCACGCCGUGGAGUUCCGCAAGAAGCUCGCCAAGAUGGACGGAGAACGUGGAAUCACCAAAGCCAUCGGGGAGAUCGACAUCCUGUUCGCCUACCUGCAGGAUUCCUGCGUCCAGCCGAGCAACGCCACCGCCGACCCCUCCGCCGCCGCCGCCACCCUGUGACGCCUUCCACCGUUUCCACUGACAUGACUUCCUGUUUAUAAUAUUUAUCUGCCACUUUUAUACCAACAGCUUUUAUACCUCUAUUUAUUGAUUUAUUUAACAUUGGAACAUAUUUACCAUGUUGUUUUUUAAAAAGUAAAAUAUUUAUAUUGAUUUAUUAAUUUAUUUAUUUAUCGGAAUGUUUAAUGAACUCCGGUGUGGAUCCUGUUGCCAUCUUCUGGCCGAUUAUUGUUCUAAAAUUUGUUGCAGUAUUUAAAGAUGUCUGAGGUAUUGUUGAAGUUUUUCAAAUAAAGAAUUAAUUUAAACGUGA